AUGCUUAUACUCUUCGCAUAUACACAUGCAAGGUUGGGACUUGCUUCCAAAACAGGAGUACCCGAUAAAACUCAGCAAGUUCCUUCCAAAGCUCAGAUGCUCAGCGGCGAAGCCUUAGUCAAGUAUGUUAACGAGAAUCAAAUAUUGUUCAAGGCCAAGAUCACGCCGGCAAGCCAUGAAGUAAAAUAUAAAUUGAUGGAUUUGAAAUUCAAAAGACAGGUCAGUGAAGAGGUUGUUGACGACGACAGCGGCAUCGAUAUUGACAUACCAGAAAGAACCUUUAACACCGUUGAGGCAGAAACGGUAAUUGAAGCCCUUGGCAACAAGGUUGUUCCUACUCAAUACAUAAGGGUGCUCCAUGACAUCGUGCUUAUAACACCGACCAUCGAGCAGGCGAAACGAAUGCUGGCCGAAUUGGACAGUGUUUGUGGAAAGAUCGGCUUACGACUGAACCUGACGAAGACGAUGUUCUGA